AUGGACUACGGAGACGAGUGGAGCUCCAUUCUGACUGAUCAUCCUAUAUUCUCCCGAUCAACAGGCCCUGCGCAGGAUGAGACUUCGUUUGAAUUGUCCACAAGCACCUUACCAAACUUCACAAAUUUGGAUCCCGAGGACGAUAGUCUGGCACCUUCGGGGCGGAGACAGACUAUGGUCAUAAAGGACUCUGAGGUCAUACUAGCUGUUGGCAGGGAAAUGCGCGUAGCCGCUCUUGGGGAUGCAAAGUUCAACAGGGGUCCAAAGGCGUACAAGGUGCUACAUACGCCCAAUGUUCAGUUUGAAAUUCACCAGUUGGCGCUCAAUCCCAGUGGAAAGUUGUUGGCCGUCGCGGGUGCCUUUCAAGUUGCUGUUGUAGUGCUGCCGCGCCCUGGGUUCACAAGACUUGUCCCGGCCACAAUUGAUUGCAAGUCUAUCCAAGUCGGGCAGUUCUAUCACGGUUCUAUGUCUGCAGCACCUAUAGCCAAAGUCGAAUGGCAUCCGUGGGGAGAAGCCGGUUCGACAUUGAUGGUCAUGACCGUUGAUGGGAAACUACGCGAAUAUGACAUAUCGGUGGACACAGAGGAACCUCAACAGGUUGUAUCAUUCGUGCCAGAAAAGAAGGGGACGUCGUUUGUGGCUAGCGCUCAAUCCGAGCGCGAAGUCGCAUCUUUCACAUUAGGCAAAGGAAGGGCUGACUGGGGCCCUUUAACGAUGUAUGUAGUCAUGAAAAGCGGAGACGUCUUCGCGAAAUGUCCGUAUAUGCCCCACAAUGCGUCAAUCCCUUCGGCGUACAUACACUCACUGGAAUGUUUCGUUGCCGCCAAGAAAGAGUAUUUAUCCCAAAGCAUCUCCAUCGAAGCUAAAGACCUCUCAACCACCUAUGACUAUCAGCAUAAGUAUGUCUCUGCAUUGUUAAAGCAACUUCCGCCAGGAACUCUUUUCCCAGCACCAUCACGAUCCGUCCUUGUGCAUCCCCCAACCACGAUCAAAAGCCCUUCUAUACGUCACGGUCCUUUUCUACUGCAACCAUCUCCACGAAUUCUAGAAGGCAGUGAAAGCGGGGAUGCUACAGAUAUCAUGUACAUGUCAUUCGGUAGUAGUGCGGAGGACGACGAAGGAGAGACUGAAAGGUUAGGAAUCAUCCUCAUCGGCUACCAGGACGGGAAGGUCGACAUCUGCCUCGACGUGGAAAAAGUGGAAGCUAGAUGGGAAAGCAAGCAGCAUCAAAGCAAAGAUUUGCCCAUGCUGGCUGUAUACGAGUCAAUCGACCUCGGUCUUCUUUCUGCUCUUUCAUCCUAUCAUCCACCUCUACUUGACCUCUUGAAAGCCAAUCAUCUCGUUUUCCAUGCCGAUCCGAUACACGAUGAUACUAUCUAUGUGUAUCACGCCUUCGGCGUUCAUGCGCUGCAUCUGAACAAUAUGCUGCGCAGCCUUGCGAUCGCUCUGCGCGGUGACGACGAGGGUAAUUCCUUGAUUGCAUCCCUGCGAAAUCCAGAACAAACGGACGUAAAGCCGAUCGUCACCACGUUCUCAGUCGAGCGACGGGUAUCCAAUCCGGUCAUAGCUGUCGCUGUCCCCAAUGAUGUUUACCUCACAUACAGCAUCUUCAUCCUUACGUCUGCGAUGCGGGUUGUUUCGUUCUCUUUGAAUCUCAGAUCUGAUAUUCCUUUAUCACAUCCAAUCGGUCCUACUCCGCAGAGAGAACGGAUCAUCGACGAACCCCUUCUAAAGCCGGUGGAUGGUCCAGCAGCCUAUAUUUCUCUUCUGGGGUCCAACCCGUUUGAACCACCGCCAGUCUUCUCUCGAUCAUCAGGUUUACCAUCCAAUCCACAUCUCGCUCUGCCAGCAUCGGAGACAUCAAAGGAAUUUCGCCUGACACCCGAUACACUGCGCUUCUUGGGUCAAACAGUUGAACGCUUUACCACGCAGAUUCGUGAUGUCCAGCUUGCGGACAGAGAGGUGCAGCUACGGGCCGCUCUACAAAAACAGGAGCAUCAACGACAGUCGGACAAAUUCCAAGAGAUGAAGAUGCUGAUAGACCAGUUGAAAGGUCCACGGCGACAGAAAUCGACCCAGAGAUUGAAGGAUGUCCACGAUGCGCAAACGCUCCUUCUGUCUCGCCUGAGUCGGGUGCUGCAAGCGAUGAUGAAGAAAGCGAGUCCAGAGUUGAGCGACCACGAAACGAAAUGGUUUGAAGAGCUCAAGAGGAUGAAGGCUGAGGUCCUAGGCCAGGGUCGAUAUGACGAGGCGGCGUUACUGCCACGUUCUCGCAUGCUACAACACGAGUUCAACCGGUUGAUUCCGCACCUCAAAGUAGAGCGGGAUAAGGAAUCGAACCGAUCCAGGAUUCUUCAAGAACAAAACCAGGAUCUAGGGGCAUCACAAGCUUUCGAGCUUGGGCAACACUUCACAAAAGAAGAGCUCAGAAUACGAAAGAUGCAAAAGGAAUUGGUUAAUCUUGCGUCGAAGCUAGAGGUCUCCUUAGUUCGUCCGCCGAACCGAAGCCGGGCUGCAGUUCGAAAUCAAGUCAUGGAAUGA